UUCAGGGAUCUUUCCCUAUGCUUGGAGGAGAGAAAGAAACGACAAUGGAGGACGACAACGAGCCCUCUACGCCAGAGACCUCGAGCCAGGGCGAAGAAGGAGGAGCAGGAGAAGAAGAAGGUGAAGCUUGGGAGCAACGUGCAUUAGAGUACGAGAGGGAGAGAUUGUUGAGAAUCAAAGAGAACAGGGCCAGGCUCGAAGCCCUUGGCCUCCUCCGCCCUGGUUCUAAGCCCCCACAAGGAGCCAGUAAAGGAAAAAAGGCCGCCGUCAAGCGGGGAGACGAUGACGACGAGUACCGACCAUCCGAUGAGGAUCGGAAUGAUGAAGAUGAUGACUAUGAGCCGCUGCCUACUGGUUCUCGGCAAAAUCUCAAGGCCAAGGGAAAGAAAAAGAUUUCUUUUAGUUUAGCAAAAACAAGGAAAAGGCCAAACCGGGAAGGAAGCAUGAAAGAGGAUGAGCUAGUUGACAAUGAUGAGGCAUCCCUGCAACAGGCGAUUGCUCUAUCAUUAGGAAGUGUGGCAGAGUGUUCCACCGCGGAAGCUGGUGGGCCUUCUCAGAAUUCUGGGAAAACCACACGUGGUGCCCAACUUCAUGGGAUGACAGACAAGACAAAAACUCAAGCUACAUCUGCCAAAAAGAAGCAAAGAAAACUGAAUAGUAGACGGGUUCAGCUGACUGAAGAUGAAUUAGUUGCUUUCUUCUUCUCAUUUGAUGAGGUAGGGAAGGGGCAUAUUUCCCUUCGUGAUUUGCAGAGAAUGGCCAUUGCUCAUGAUUUCAGUUGGACUGAGAUGGAAAUAGCACUUAUGAUUCAUUGCUUUGACAGUGACAAAGAUGGGAAGCUAAGUUUGGAAGACUUUCGAAAGAUUGUGUCCCGCUGCAACAUGCUGCGAGAGCCUGGAAACAGUUGAAAUGUGCAUGCCUAUCAGAUCUUCAAAAGGAUACAUGAUGCACCAUUUUUUACUCACAAACUGCUCCACCGUUCUGGGGAUGUUUUUUGUGCAAGCUGUUUAUUUUUGUCAUCUGGCGCCAAACCAAGUCGCCAUGACAGGCUGCUCUGCACAAGGCUGUGAGACUCCCGAAGCAUAUCAUGUACGCAAUGGAAAAAUGUGACAAAUUAUCUUAAACGCCAAUGACCGAGAUUGCAUCUCUUUUGUAAAAUUUAUUAGUUUUUAACUAGUAGAAUAUUCCCUAACACCCACUUUUAAUUAUUUUUCCUCACAAAUGUAACUUAAAAAGGCUUGGCACAAGAAUCAAUCAAAGCAUGCAUGCAAAGAGAGUGGGCCAUGAUCUAAAUUUUGAAUUAAUCCCACGCGAACAUAAUAUUUGGGUUCCGAGAUCCUUUAAUAUGAUAACUUGUAGUAGUUGUAUGUUCUGAACUAGAUUUUUGGAUAUUAAGUUAGCUUUCUGCCUGAACCAUCCACACAGGCCCAAAACUAGGAAGCAAACCAAAAAAUGCAGGUAUGCUACAGAAACUCCUAACGCCCCUAAAUGUGAAUGACAACCCCCCAACCCAGAUUCGCCACUGGCACUAUAUAUACAAGGAUCCCUGAUACAGACCUGCAGAUAAAGGGAAGAAAAAAAAAAA